CUACAGUCCCCCCGUUGCCCCUCCUGGUGGAUAUGGCUGUGUACAGAUGUCCGAACGGGAGGGGGGUAACGGGAGGUAAAGCGUUAGUCAGGCAGUCGGCACUGCUAGGCCCGUGUGUGAGGGAGCCGGGAAGCGCUUGGCAGUAACAUCUAACGGUUGAGCCGGAUCAACCCCUGCGGCCAUCGGACAGGAAUGUUUGAACAGUGAGGUUCGAGGGUGGACGGGAGUUAUUCACAGUGACCAGGGGAUGUCUGGCGUCGCAACACGCACCACGUGUUUUUUAUGAAAAAAACGUUGAAUACUUGAAAAAAAGGUGUUAACAUGGGAGUUAAAGACCUGUUUGGAUAUUUGAAAAAACGGGCAGGAUUUGUGUCAAUAUUUGUGUUGUGUUUGUGGACUUGUCGGACUACGUCAUCACCUGUCUGUGAGCCCGUUACGCUGUCCCACUGCGUCAACAUCGUCAACACGACGCAGCUUCCCAACCUCUACGGCGACUACACUCAAGAUGACGUCGACGUAAAGACGUCACGUCUGUUCCGGAUUUUAGGAUCUCAGUGUACGACGUUUAAUCGGUUUCUAUGCGUCUUAUACCUACCCCCGUGCCCCGACCCCCACAGACGUCCCCCGGGGGUCCUACCCCUCCCUUGCAGACAGGUGUGUGAGGGGGCGAGGGAGGAAUGUAACGGCGUUAUGGCUGACAAUGGCAUGAAAUGGCCCUAUGAACUUCAGUGCCAUGCCUUCCCAACAGAGAACUGUGUUAUUGUUCAUGAUUCUGGUGAACUGGAGCUUGUGGACGUGUCUCUGCGCGUGACCGGAAGUAUACGGCGGCCAAACUCGCAGCCGGUCAGUCUGGCACCUCUGGAGACGGAAGUGGGCGACAACGAAGAAUACUCUGUAGAAGUGGUAUCAAUGACAACCAGUCAGAUUCCUCAGAGACGAUAUGACGUCAUAGAGCUCGGUGAUGAGGAGUUGUACCACGGCUGGGCGGAUGUGCAGGGCACCGGCGCAGCAAACGACUACUGCAGAAUUUUGGGACGUGGAAAGAGAAGAUUCUUGUCAUGUGCACUAGCAGGAAGCUCAGGUCAAGGUCACCAUUAUGUCUCCAAGCUAGGUUUUGACAGCGGUCACAAAGACACGUGGUUCAUGCGCGACGUCGACAAUGACGGCCGCGACGACUACUGCAGAUGUGUCGGGAGGCCGGAGAGCUCUAAGAUCUCGUGCAUGAAGUCUGGGGAUAAAGGCUUCUAUGGCAGCACCGUACAAGGCGGAAGUCAGUACACGUUCGAGCUUCCGGGAUCCACCGGAUGCCAUGAUAAAAAACUUAAUCCUCAGUUUGGAGCUUGAGAUAUUGAUAUUCUAAAUAUGUAAAUAAGGGCUGAAAGUAUUCAACAAAGAAGAAAAAUAAACAUUUUUCAUUUUCUUAGCA